AUGUCUAAGGGCUGCAUUCAAGGCUCUACGUGCGGCCCUGUUCUCUGGAACAUAAUAUUAGACGAAUUACUCGACACCAAGCUUCCAGCGGGUUGCCACAUACAGGCCUUUGCGGACGUUGUUACGGCCGCGAGUGCGGGCAAACUGGAAAACGCUGCCAACUUGGCUCUCCAUCACAUAGUCGAGUGGGGAAGAAGCGUCAAGUUGGAAUUCGGCCCUACCAAGACUAAGCUCAUUGCCUUCACUCCUAAGGCUAAGACAGCCAGCAUUAACAUCGACGGACACCGACUUUGUUUUGUUCCAGAGGUGAAACAUUUAGGAGUAAUCCUCGAUGAGAAAUUGAAUUUCGGUAAACAUCUGAAACACGUAGUUAACAGGGCCGUGCCGAUCUUCAACACGCUCUGCAUGUACUCGAGACCCACUUGGGGAGCCCAUCUUGAAAACAUCAACACCAUCUACCAGCAGUUUGCGGCAGACUAUCCUAGACUCUUGACUGACAUAAUUAACCGCUGUCUUGCACUCCAACACUUCCCUAACCAGUGGAAAACCGCUUUUGUCAAAAUUAUCCCGAAGCCGGGUAAAUCUGACUACAGCGCAUUAGAGUCAUUUCGUCCUAUUGGCCUGAUACCUGUGUUCGGCAAGCUGCUGGAAAAACUGUUUAUUAGAAGAGUCACAUACCAUGCACAACGAAAUAAUCUGUUCAUCAAAUUUCAGUUCGGUUUCCGGGAACAGACCAACACGUGCGAAGCUAUAAACACUGCGCUGGAUAUAAUAAGACAAGCGAAAAGUAAUAAGCAACUAAGUAUCGCUAUAUCUUUAGAUAUAAAAGCAGCCUUUGACAACGCUUGGUGGCCGGCACUUUUCCACCGAUUGCGGCAUAUCCAAUGUCCUAAUAACAUCUUUGGACUCAUUCAGGAUUAUGUCCGCGAUCGGGAGGUCAUUCUCGACUAUGCAGGGAGGCGGGUCACCAAGACGAUGUCUAAGGGCUGCAUCCAAGGCUCUACGUGCGGCCCUGUUCUCUGGAACAUAAUAUUAGACGAAUUACUCGACACCAAGCUUCCAGCGGGUUGCCACAUACAGGCCUUUGCGGACGACGUCCUGCUGGUUGCUACGGCCGCGAGUGCGGGCAAACUGGAAAACGCUGCCAACUUGGCUCUUCAUCACAUAGUCGAGUGGGGAAGAAGCGUCAAGUUGGCAUUCGGCCCUACCAAGACUAAGCUCAUUGCCUUCACUCCUAAGGCUAAGACAGCCAGCAUUAACAUCGACGGACACCGACUUUGUUUUGUUCCAGAGGUGAAACAUUUAGGAGUAAUCCUCGAUGAGAAAUUGAAUUUCGGUAAACAUGUGAAACACGUAGUUAACAGGCCCGUGCGGAUCUUCAACACGCUCUGCAUGUACUCGAGACCCACUUGGGGAGCCCAUCCUGAAAACAUCAGCACCAUCUACCAGCAGGUCAUCGUGCCAACGAUCACCUACGCUGCGGGAAUUUGGGGCCACGUCGCCCAGAAAAGGUGCAUCAGGAGGGCAUUCGAGAGCAUGCAGCGCGGGUUUGCCAUCAAGGCUAUUAGGGGAUUCCGUACGGUCUCCACAGCCGCGGCACUAGCUUUAGCCCAAUACACAAAGAAUUGCGAAGACAUAAUGUCGAGUUUCUCGCAUGCUAGAGGUGUUGGAAUCAGAAUAUGA